AUGCGCAGGAGAAGAGCAAGGAGACACGGCCCAGCAGGAGACAGCGCGAAUCAGACACGGCACCCAGGAGACACGCGCAGCAGGAGACAGGCAGCAGGACACGGCGCACUGAGACAGGCAGCAGGAGACGGGCAGCAGGAGACAGGCAACAGGAGGCAGGAGGGAAGGGCAACAGGAGGCGGGCAACAGGAGACAGGCAACAGGAGGUGGGGCAUCAGGAGACAGGCAGCAGGAGACAGCAAGGCAGGAGCAGGUGCAGGAGACAGGCACAGAACAGGCAGCAAGGACAGUCAGCAGGAGGACAGGCAACAGGAGGCAAGGGGCAGAGGCAGGCAACAGGAGGCGGGCAACAGGAGACAGGCAACAGGAGGCGGGCAGCAGGACAGGCAGCAGGACAAGGGCAACAGGAGAGGCAGGAGCAAGGCAACAGGAGGCAGGCAACAGGAGGCAGGCAACAGGAGGCAGGCAACAGGAGGCAGGCAAAAGGAGCAGGCAGCAGGCAACACAGGCAAACAGGAGUGCGGCAACAGGAGGCAGGCAACAGGAGGCAGGCAGCAGGAAGCCGGGCCAAGCAAUUAG